UGUUCAAGGACAGCACCGCUGGAAUGUUGUUUGAGCACAGUGUUUUGGAUGGGAUAGUGGCUGUGUUUCUCAGUGGUUGUGUCUAUAAUCUGUCUGAGACUGUUGAUUUAGAACUAGCCCUCACUGAACCAGAGAAUGUGAAUGGGUCCGUCACAGUUAGCGAUAUAAAACCGUUUUCCCCGACUUCUUUAACCUUCCACUUGCAAGGAGUAAACAUCCCACAGCCAAACCCGGCCUCAGAAGUAACUAAUCAAGUUCUCACGUUUGAUGUUCCUUCCUACCCGGAUGUCUUUUCUACGAUCAGAGAUCACAGAGGCCUGUAUGAUGCCUGGAUCAACUUCUCUUUGCAGCUUUCCCUGAGGCAGACUCUUGGGGAAUCAGCUGCCAGUCACGUGCUUGUCACACCUACCCAUAUGCGCCACUACAAACAUGGUCGAUGUGAUCCUACAUACUCAGUCACCACUCAUUCUCUCAAGUUAGUAGGUGCCUUGGCUUCCUGCAUAGGCCCAGAUAAGAAAAUCCAAUACACUACUGACAUCUUACGCCUGUUCCAUGUUGCAUUAAUGGAGCACAAGAGUCUCAUCAGAAAAACUAAAAGUGGUCAAGGUGUUGGUCCCCAUCUAGCUGCCUUGCGCCAACUUCUGCCAUCUGACAAUCCACUGAAAAAGUUUCUGGACCCCUUUGGUUGUCCAUCUGUAUACCUCACUGGUUCAGGUCUCAUUGAGGGUGUAGAGUGUGGAGUAGGGAAUGUGUAUGCACAAGAUCAGCUGGCUGUAGCAUACCUUGGAAGAAAAGACAGGGUUCAAAUUGUGCUUAAUGGAAAAGGGAGCUUUGCUCAGAUACUGCCAAUGCUUCAAGACAACAUGAAGAUGAACCUGAAGUUAGUGAUGCUUCUAGCUGUUAGAUAUGCCAUUGCCAAUCAGAUGGGAGCCCUGGAGUGUCUACUCCAACAGGACCAAAUUAAGAAAGUGAUUGGCAAGGGCCUAACAAGUGGGGAAAGCAAAGCUGACCCCAUCACAGGCAUGAGACCAAACUAUACUAUGGUGAUCCAUGGUGGAGCUGGAGAAGAGAUGAUGCUGAACACCCAAGUGAUUGGGGUUAUUGAGUUUGCUCUACAGACAGCCUUAACCCUUGGAUCCCAAGUCCUUCAACAAGGUGGCAGGAGUCUGGACGCAGUUCAGAGGUCAGUGGAGGCUCUGGAGGACUGUUUUCUGUUCAAUGCAGGUAAAGGCUCAGUAUUCAACAAAGAUGGCAAAAAUGAAUUGGAAGCAGCAAUUGUAGAUGGUAGUACACUGAGGUCGGGAGCUGUUGCCUGUGUGGAAAGUGUGAAGAACCCAAUAAAAGCAGCCAGAUGUGUCAUGGAGAAAAGUUCACAUUCACUCAUAGUAGGAAAUGGGGCAGAGGAGUUUCUGCAAGUGCAGGAGGAGGAGAAAGCUGUUGGGUGUGAGUAUUUCUACACUGAUAUACGCCACAGAGAGUUAAUGGCAAAGCUCAGCGGUGGAGAUACCUCAAAAAACAAUCACCCUCAGACAGUUGGAGCUGUUGCAUUGGAUCAUUGGCAGGGGUUGGCUGCUGCUUCCUCUACAGGCGGGUUAGUAGGAAAGCUAAAAGGGCGAGUUGGGGAUACAGCAGUAGUAGGGGCAGGAAUAUAUGCUGAUGACAAAUUAGCUAUUGCUUGCUCUGGAGAUGGAGAUGUUUUUUUGAGGCACACAGUUGCCCAGAAAAUAGCUAGUCUCUACCAUCACAAGGGCUACAGCCUUAGACAUGCAUGCAAAGAAGUGAUGAGUGAAAAUCUGAAUGGGGCAUGUGCAGGCAUCAUUGCUGUGGAUAUUAAAGGUGAUGCCAUCAUCGAAUCAAAUGCUGGCGUAAUGUUUGUGGCCUCUCUGAUAGAUGGUAUUUCACGAGUAGAGGUCCUCAGGCCCCUGAACAGCUUCUCUGAUGUGAUCUGGGAAACAGAUGAGCUGGUUGCCUACCUGAAUCCCAAACCCUGGAUCCCUGGCUCAACCAUUCUGACGAGAAAAACUAAUAAUGGGGCAAGCAGUGUCUUCCACUUGCCCACACCUGAUUUUGUGGCUAUGCUACAGGCAGCGAGAGUUGUGUCAAACCUACUAUGUGAACGGUUGGGAGUGCGGCGCUGUGCCUUGGUUUUCUACCCAACACCGGAUCAUCCUGCACAAAUCAGACUGCUCCCACUUCAUGGCCUCAAGCCAAAGUGGGAGCCUCAUCUUGCUGGUGAAGAGGAAUUCCAUGAAUACGAUCCUGGCUACUGCAAUUCAAAAAGCAGCCCAUGCUGGGAUGAUCAAUCUCUGACUCAGGUUCAAGCCAAGAUCAGAAACAAAUUACCAACACCCAAUGCACCUUCUUGCUUUGACUUUUUUGGGGACCGCUCCUGUAACAACCUGUUCAGCCGUAUUGUUCGGGGCGAGCAGCCACAGUGGAGGGUGUGGGAAGACAGUGAGUAUGUUGCAUUCCUCACGCCAUACCCAAACACGCCUGGUCUGACUGUUGUGGUGCCACGCAAACCACUGUCCAGUGACCUCUUCAAAUUGGACCAAGCUGACUACAAAGCAAUGAUUUUAGCAAUUCAUAAAGUUGCCCGACUAUUGGAAGAGGGGAUGAGAGCUCGAGGUGUUGCAUUGAUCUUUGAGGGAUUGGAGAUUGACUAUGCUCAUGCGAAGCUGAUCCCUCUAUCCCCUCCAGCUGAUGGCACUACGCCUGCUGAGCUGACACCAGAAUGCUAUCAAAGCUACCCUGGAUAUGUGUCAUCGAUGGACGGGCCAGCUGCUGAUCCUGAGACCCUUAAAGCGGUCCACUCAAAAAUCACUAAGUGCAGAGCUCCACAUUCAUGGCAAAACCCCGUUUCCCAUUCCACACUUGCCAUUAAGAGCCAGUGGUAUCGCAACCUGUUCCAGAUUCAAAACACUCUUUUCCACAGCACAGUGGAAUAUUUCCAAAGUCUCUGCCAUUACUCCUACGCUCUGACCCCUCUCACCACCGACACCAUCUCCUCGCCGAUGGGUCUGGGAUCUGACUCAGACCCAGUUUCUGUUAACCUGCUGGGACAGGACAUCUACCUGGCUGACUCAAUGCAAUUUGUUCUUGAGUACUUUCUUCGCUUCCAGGAGAACCUGCCAGGAACCUACUACAUAUCUCCCAGCUUUAGAGGGGAAGAUCCUGAUGCCACACACCUGAACCAGUUCUACCACGUGGAGUGUGAACUGAUAGGUGAUAUGAAUGAUGCCAUUUGCAUAGCAGAGAGAUACUUGGCUCAUCUCACUAAGUCCAUGUUGAAGCAACACUCGUAUAUCAUUCUCAACACUGCUGGGACCCUCACGCAUGCCAAAGCCAUGCAGAGUAAGCUAGAGGGAAAAGAUGGACUACCAAGAAUCCCUCUUGAUCAGGCCAUUCCCAUGAUGCCAUCUGCUGACUGCGUUGAGUGGGUCCAGGAUGGUCAGCCCCAGUUUGGCAGAAAACUAACACGCAAAGGAGAGCGAGUCUUGAUAGAAAAAUAUGAUGGCGCUGUUUGGUUGACCGAGAUGGAUCAUCUGGGGGUCCCCUUCUACCAGGCAUAUGUGGAGGGCAGUGGGCAGCGCAAAGCCAAAGCUGCAGACCUUCUGAUAGGGCUGGGUGAGACUGUGGGUCUUGGUGAGCGUCAUUCCACCCCUGAGAUGGUGCAAGAAGCUCUCAGGCACCACACAGUUCCUGAGCAGUCCUACAAGUGGUACAUGAGCAUGCGACAAGCAAAACCCCUCCUCAGCAGUGGUUGGGGCAUGGGGACAGAGCGCUACCUGUGCUGGCUGCUACAGCACGAUGACGUCAGAGAUAUACAGAUCAUACCGAGGAUGAAAGGCAUGAAAUUCAUGCCCUGAUUAUCAGUUCUCCACGUCUUUUCAGGCCUUUAAAUGUAAUAUAUAGGACUUGCAAUAAUAGGAUCAAAGAAGAGUUUAUAUAAUGGCUUUUUAGAAUAAAAAUGCCUCAAUAAUCCAGAGUUUCAUCCAAUUUUUUGUUUAUUAAAUAUUUCCUGCUGCGUCCAUGAUCAGAGGAGAGAGGGCAUACAUGUUGGUGUCUGAUACACUGGAGGAAUUACUGCAGAAAAAAGGAAAAGUAAAAGAGCCAAAAUUGAGAUGACUCAAAUAACUUUAUUAUUUAUUUUUUAAAUGCUAUUUUACACUUAAGGAUGGUUUCCUUUCUUAACACCAAAGCUUUAAUAUAUAUGUAACUGCAUGGUGAAAAUGUAGGGUGGGGGGUCAGUACAGCUUGGAUUGUUUAAAUAUAUUUAUAUCUAUGAUUAAGACUGAUUAAAUAUUGACAAAGUUACACAGUAUAACUUGUAUGACUUAGUCGUUCAGUUCUUCAUUUGUUUGAAUCUUUGAAUUAUUGGCUAUAUGCUGUCUAACCUAUUUUACAAAUAAAU